GACUAUACAACCAAUAACAACAUGAUUGGAUUGGAUAAACGUUAUGUUUGGGCUGUAUUGCCCUUCAUUGGUUUUGCAAUUGGCCACUUUUUAGAUAAAAAGGAAACCGAACGCAUGACAUUGUUUCGUGAUAAAAGUGCGCUUUAUGCUCGGCCCGCUGGUUCCGAGGGUAAGCCUCCUUCUUGGUAAGGAGUGAUAUACGUUGCUUUUAUAAGUAAAAAAUUGUCUACUUUAAGUACCCUUCUGAAAAUGUGAAAUAAUAUCGCUUGUGUUUGUAAUAAAUACGCAAAUGGUUUAAACAAAAUG